GGCAGAGAGUGGGUUUCCCCUAUUUGGAAAUGGACUAGAGAUGGGAUUGUAACACAUCCAGGCACACCACGCUUUCCUUGAAUCAGUUGAAUCAACCUGGAUCAUCACUUGUACUGCACACUGAGACAUAUUCUGUUUGCAUGAGUGGAAAUCCAGAAUCAUGUUCUCCACAGUGACUCCAUUCAAGAACCAAAACUACACUGCCCUGAAGAGUGAAUGUCAGGAGACUAAGAAGUUAUUUGAGGAUCCAGAGUUCCCCUGCACUAAUGCAUCCCUCUUCUACAGAACCCCCCUGCCUGGGAGAGUCGAAUGGAAGAGACCAAGGGAGAUAAGUGAAGAUCCACACCUGUUUGUGGAGGGAAUCAGUGCACAUGAUCUGAAUCAGGGGGAGGUGGGCAACUGCUGGUUUGUAGCCGCCUGCUCCUGUUUGGCUCUCAAACCAGACCUCUGGCAGAAGGUGAUUACCAACUGGAAAGAGCAGGAGUGGGAUCCCAAGCAUCCAGAACGCUAUGCAGGAAUCUUUCACUUUCAGUUCUGGAUAUUCGGCAAAUGGACAGAUGUGGUAGUGGAUGACCGCUUACCCACCAUUAACGGCAAACUCAUAUACUGCCACUCAAAACUCAAUAAUGAGUUUUGGAGUCCUCUACUUGAGAAGGCUUAUGCAAAACUGUCUGGUUGCUAUGAGUCUCUGAAUGGAGGAAACACAGGAGAUGCGAUGGUGGAUUUUAGUGGUGCAGUGGCGGAGGCCAUGGAUCUGCAAGCAGCUGAUUACAAAUCAAACCCUGCAGCCCAAGACAAACUGUUCUCAGACCUGCUCAAAGUACAUGAGAGUGGAGGAAUCAUCAGCUGCUCAAUACGGGCAUCUGCUCAUGAGCGAGAGCUGCGCUUGUCUAAUGGUCUGGUCAAGGGUCAUGCAUACUCAGUGACAGCAAUCAAGAAAGUGCGUCUGGGACAUGGUUUGAUAGCAUACUUCAAGAAUGAAACAAUUCCCUUGCUCCGUAUGAGAAACCCUUGGGGUAAACAUGAGUGGAAUGGAGCCUGGAGCGACAGCUCUGAAGAAUGGAAGAAGGUUGGUGAUAUGGAGAGGAAAAAUCUGGGAAUCACUGUAGAGGAUGAUGGAGAAUUUUGGAUGUCAUUUCAAGACUGGUGUAAGAAUUUCACAGAUGCUGAUGUGUGUCGACUGAUCAAUACCUCUGUCUUGAGUGUCCAUAAGACGUGGAAUGAGGUUGUACAUCUUGGAAACUGGUUAAAACAUGCAGAACCGCUGCGGAACCGCUGUGGAGGCUGCAUGAACCACAGACAGACCUUCCUACAGAACCCACAGUACCUGUUUGAUGUAACCAAAGAGGAAGAUGAAGUCUUGAUAUCUCUACAGCAGAAAGACAUGAAGAUACACAGACCUCAGGGCAUGGGAGAGAACUUGACCAUGGGGUUUGCCAUUUUCAAGGUUGAGAUGAACAGGAAGUACCGCAUGCAUGACAUCAUUACCCAGCAGAAUGUUGUAACGUCAACUUACAUAAAUGCACGGACUGUGUUUAUGAGGAAAGUGCUGCAAAAGGGUCGAUACAUCAUCAUUCCCUCCACAUUCACACCAGAAGUGCUGGGAGAGUUUAUGAUCCGCGUCUUCACAGAUGUGAAUUCUGACUGCAGGGAACUAGUCCUUGAUAAACCCAGUGUACACUGCUGGACAUCAUUUGUGGGUUAUCCGCAGGCAGUCACUCAAAUUUAUGUCCACAGUGCAGAAGGACUACAGAUCCAAGACAGCAACGGAGGUGCUGAUCCGUACCUUCUGAUAACUUGUGAAGGCUCCACUGUCCAGUCCUUAGGAAACAAAGACACACUGAAACCUGUGUUUGACACCAGGGCCAUCUUCUACAGGAAGAACCCCCGCAAACAAAUCACAGUUCAGGUGUGGAACAGUAAUGCAGUGAAGGAUCAGUUCAUGGGCCAGGUGGUUCUCACUGCCUCUCUGCGGGACCCUUCAGACCCCCAGAAGCUGCAGUUAAGGAAGCGAGGCAGAGCGAUGGCUGACGAGAUGCCUGGUACCAUAAGCCUACGAGUCAUCACAUCUGGAGACCUCAUUUCCAUGUGAUUCCAAGUGAUGGGGACGGGCUAGAUCUGGCGAACGACCACUGUUGUGCCCCUGAACAUGGCACUUAAAGGGAUCGUUUCUGUCAUCAUUUACUCACCCUCAUGUUGUUCCAAAGCUAAAUGAUUUUCUGUUUACCAUAAAAACAAAAGGACAUAUUUUGAAGAACAUUCAGGCUGAUGGAUGGAAAAUGAAAGCAGACAAUGUCUUCAUAUUACAAGUCUUCUGAAGCCAUACGAUACUUUUGUGUGAGGACCAGACUUUUGGUUAUUCACUGAAUAGCAACGAUAUAAAUGUAACUAUUUUAGCUUCUCAUGUAAAGUUACCAUAUGGCUUUGUGUAUUGUAUGGUCGGUUCGGAUAAAACCACAAACUGACACAUAAUAUAUUUCUAAAAAUGCUGGACUAAUCAGCGAUCUGCGAGUUUGAUAAUUUUAGGUUUGAUCAAGGCCAUAUUCCCACCAUUAAAAUUAAAUGUCAAUGACUAGAGCGUAGAUUUGAUUAUCAAAUACAAUAUCCACAAAACAAACAGUUAAAACAUUGUGAAAAAGAUCUGUAAGAUGAUAAUUUCACUACAUUACAGUAAGCUUUGAUGAUGAAUUGAAUCUUCAGCUAAGACAUUUGACCUGUACACUGUGACAACUACAACAUAUAUCCAAUACUGAAAGUGCAUACUGGGAGAAUUUAUAACACUUUUGAUGUAAACCCUUUACAUUCCAUUUUACAAAUUGUCAUUUAUAUGUAAUUGUGACUGUUUAAUCAUUUUCUUACA